GCACAGUGUGCGCCUCCUCUGCCUCUCCCCACUUAUUCUUUCAGCGCUUUGCAAAAUGUACAUCUGCUUCAGCGUCUUGGCCGGACUGGCAGUUCUCUGUUUCUUUUACAUCAGCACGUUUUGUCCCUACUUUGGCGAAGAUUUCGCGUACAUCCUAGGGAGCAUUAAAUGUGGCAUCAAACUAACCAAAUACAAGAAAAUCAAGCCCUUUUACAGCAUAUUGGACUGCUUCUUGGAUGCAGUGAAGAGGCACCCCAAAAAGAUCUUUGUACACUUCGAAGGUCGCUCGUACACUUAUGGCGAAGUGGACAAACAGAGCAACAAGGUGGCCCGAGCCCUGCAGGCUGAAGCCCGGCUGAAGGAGGGGGACACGGUGGCCCUGUACCUUGCGAACGAGCCCAGUUUCAUUUGGACUUGGCUCGGUUUGGCGAAGCUGGGCUGCCCGGCUGCCCUGCUCAACUUCAACAUCAGAUCCAAGUCCCUGUUGCACUGCUUCUCCUGCUGCGGGGCCAAAGUGAUCAUCGCCUCCUCAGAGCUGCAGGAUGCUGUGGAGGAAGUCCUGCCGACGCUGAGGGAGCGGGGUAUCAGCGUGUACCUCAUGUCGGACAGCUGCAGUGUGCAGGGCAUCACCGCUUUGUCUGACAAGAUCUCCAAGGCCUCAGAUCAGCCACUGUCCCGGGACCUCAGGGCCAACAUCCAUAUCAGGAGCACCGCUCUCUACAUCUACACAUCUGGGACCACAGGUUUGCCUAAAGCAGCCAUUGUCACACAUGAGAGGGUGUGGGCCGCCUCCUUCCUCCAGUCGAUAUGUGGAGUCACAGCAGAGGACAUCUUCUACAUCAAUCUGCCUCUCUAUCACAGCGCCGGCUUCUUGAUCGGAAUGACUGGAGCCAUCGAGAGAGGUAUUACCAUAGUCCUGAAGAGAAAGUUUUCUGCCUCCCAGUUCUGGGAUGAUUGCAGGAAGUAUGACAUCACGGUGAUGCAGCACAUCGGCGAAACGUUGCGCUAUCUCUGCAACACGCCCAAGAAAGACGAUGAGAAGAACCACAAAGUGAGAAUUGCAAUCGGCAACGGUGUCCGAACGGACGUUUGGUCCGAGUUUCUUCAUCGCUUUGGAGACAUUAAAGUUAGAGAGCUGUACGCUGCCACAGAGGGAAACAUCGGCUUCGUCAACUACACGUCCAAGAUCGGCGCAGUCGGACGAGUCAACUUUGUGCACCGGUUUUUCUUCCCCUACACUUUGAUCAAGUUUGACAUUGAGAAGGAGGAACCUGUCAGGGACUCGCAGGGUCUGUGCAUCAAAGCAGCCGUAGGUGAAACGGGACUUUUAGUGGGAAGGGUAACAAAGAGGUCCCCCUUUGUUGGCUACGCUGGUAACAAGGAGCAGACGGAGAAGAAGCGGCUUCGAGACGUCCUGAAAAAGGGCGACCUGUACUUCAACACCGGCGAUUUGCUUCGGUUCGACAAAGAGAACUUUGUGUACUUUCAGGAUCGAGUCGGCGACACUUUCAGGUGGAAAGGAGAGAACGUCGCCACAUCGGAGGUUGCAGACAUUCUCACAAUGGUUCACUGCAUAUUAGAGGCGAAUGUUUAUGGUGUGAAAAUUGAAGGUCAUGAAGGGCGAGUCGGCAUGGCAGCUCUCACUUUGGAAGAAGGACAAAAGUUCGACUGCUCGGCCACGUACACGCAGGUCGUCAACUACCUCCCAGCUUACGCGAGACCCAGAUUCAUCAGGAUUCAGCCCUGCCUGGAGAUGACGGGAACCUUCAAGAUGAAGAAAGUGAAGUUGGUGGAGGAAGGAUUCAACCCAGCUCACAUCAAAGAUCCUCUAUACUUCCUGGAUCCUGAAAAAAAGACUUAUGUGCCCUUGACUGAAGAAAUCUACAGAGCAGUCGUCUCAAAGGAAGUCAAACUCUAACACAGAAACUAAAGUAGUCACUGCUGAGCCACUUUGUUUGCAAAGAAAUAACAAUAAUGGAUCUUAACAGACACUAAUCUCAGGGACGGACUCGGAAACGUCACGUCACGUUUGAAGAGAUAGUUUUCAUCUUUAGCACAGCUACCUUCACCUCUUACAGUGACACUAUGUGAUACAGAGAGUAUGUGCUACUCACUGUGUUCUUAAUUCGUUAAUAAAUUCUUUGGACAGUUAACUAUAACAUGCACAUUUUACUGUAAUGGCCUUUGUUUUUACAUUGGACUGAAGCUCUUUUAAUCCAUACCGGUCCGAUAUCACAGAGUCUGGAUAUUGACCUUUCAACAUCUACUGUAUUUCUUAUGUAGGGAUUUGUUGUUACCUAACUGGACUUUUGUACAGAGGUAAAAGCAGACACUGUGUUAUCUGUUUGUGUACUGAUGACACACACUGUUUUAUUGCAUAACACUGCCCUGAAGUGCUGAAGUGUUAAUGUAGCAGCUGCCGUUGUGCCCUUAUAACCACGUUUGUGCACAAUAAGAGGAACCUCCAGGCAGGCUUGCGGGGUGACUAACCUGCACAACCUUUGACAUAAAUCAGACAAACUCUGUCACACUCAGUUGUUUUUUUGGUUU